CUCUCUCCCCACUUCAACAUACAUGACUUCACCCAAAUUUCUACCUUUCCUAAAAUAAAAUAAAUAAAUAAAACGAAGUUAACCCUGCAUUUUCCUACAUUUUCACAGUUAUAAAAACCAUUUCCCUUUUGUCUCAAUCGCUGCUUUUCUAGUGAUUCUCUUUUGUUUUUUCUAGAGCGGUGAUGUCGGACGAGGAGCACCACUUCGAGUCUAAAGCUGAUGCUGGAGCUUCUAAAACUUAUCCUCAGCAAGCUGGUACCAUCCGUAAGAACGGUUACAUUGUUAUUAAAGGCCGUCCUUGCAAGGUAGUGGAAGUUUCAACAUCCAAGACUGGGAAGCACGGGCACGCAAAAUGUCACUUUGUUGGAAUUGAUAUCUUCACCGGCAAAAAGCUGGAAGAUAUCCUUCCCUCCUCUCACAACUGUGAUGUUCCUCAUGUCAACCGUACUGAUUACCAGCUGAUUGAUAUCUCUGAGGAUGGAUUUGUGAGUCUGCUGACUGAGAAUGGGAACACGAAGGAUGAUCUCAGGCUUCCAACUGAUGAUAAUCUGCUGACGCAGAUAAAGGAUGGAUUUGCGGAGGGGAAAGAUCUGGUUGUGUCUGUUAUGUCGGCUAUGGGGGAGGAGCAGAUCUGUGGUCUCAAGGACAUUGGCCCAAAGUAACUGCGCUGGGAAAUGCUUGAUAUAAGUAGUGGUAGUAGUAGUGGGAGGUGUUUCAUGUUUCAGGAGAGCAUAUUUGUUAUGUCCUCCAGCUCUAAGAUUAUGACUCUUUGACAUAUAAUUAAGUAUUCAAUUCCCCUCUUCUAUUUU